AUGGAUCAAAGCGGAGGCUACUCAGAUGCCCAGCGAAUAGUAAAUAUGCUAUCGGCUGGUUCUUUUACUAUUCUGUUUAUUGCACUCACUGGCAUUUGGGUCUUGUCGAGCAUGCUAAAGCAACGUGCACGUAAAGAUCACGUAUCUAUUGCGUUCUUUCAUCCUUACUGUGAUGGUGGAGGUGGUGGUGAACGUGUCUUAUGGACUGCUAUUCACGCUCUUUUAGGCUCAAAUGAAGCUCAAGAUAUGCCUGUGUAUAUUUAUGCUAGACGUCAAGCUGGAAGUGCUAAGGAACUUGUUGCUAAAGUCAAGGCAUGUGCUGAUCAAUUCGACAUUGAGAUUGAUAACAGUCGACUGCAUCUCGUGUACUUAGAUAGAACUGCGUGGCUCGACGCUAAAAAAUAUCCAUUCAUGACUCUGAUCAUGCAGAGUCUGGGAUCUAUGUUCGUCGGGUGGGAAGCUUUACAGAAACUGAAGCCAGACAUCUUUAUCGAGACUACUGGAUUCGCAUUCAUCAAUCCAAUUGCUAAAUGGUUUUCAUGUCGUGUUGUCUCGUAUGUGCAUUAUCCAACAAUCAGCACCGAUAUGUUGAAAAAGGUGGAAUCUCGAGUCGAGGAUUUCAAUAAUGUGAGUCGUAUUGCUGGGAGUGGAUUCUUGACACGACUGAAACUGCGGUACUAUCAAGUUUUCGCAAUGAUCUAUGGACAUGUCGGCUCUUAUGCGGAUCUUGUGUUGGUCAACUCGACAUGGACCUUGGACCAUGUUAACGCUAUAUGGAAUGUGCCUGAAAGGACAUCCAUUGUGUAUCCGCCUUGUGACUUUAAUAGUUUGCAGGCCCUAUCGACUGAUAAGAGAGAGAACCUGAUUGUCUCUGUUGCUCAAUUCAGACCAGAAAAGGCCCAUCCCCUACAACUGGAAGCAUUUGCAAAGCUGCUUCAUCAACAUCCAGACCUAAAAAACUGGAAACUCGUCUUGCUCGGAAGUAGCAGAAAUGACGAAGACGCACAGCGUGUCAAGGCAUUACGAGAAUUAGUAGCUACUUAUCAAUUACAAGAUCAUGUUGUGUUUGAAGUGAAUGCUCCAUACUCGAAACUAAAAGAGUAUUUUGGUCGUGGGCGAAUCGGUUUGCAUACCAUGUGGAAUGAGCACUUUGGGAUUAGUAUUGUUGAGUAUAUGGCAGCAGGUCUGAUUGUGGUAGCUCAUAAUUCUGGUGGACCGAAAUCUGAUAUAGUCACAGACUCGCCAACACAAGGCAUCGCCGGAUUCCUUGCUACCAACUCUGACGAAUUCGCUGACGCACUGUAUAGAGCCAUCACUCUCAACGUACAUGAAAGACAGCACAUUGUAGAGUAUGCACGUGAGAAGACAGAGACAUUCUCAACUCAGCCAUUUGAGGACGGGUUCUUGCAAUCGGUAUUGCAGCUCUGUGAGAUGUAA